UUUUCGAUUACCUUCCUGUCACUUAUCACUAGUUCACUCGUGACCACUUAUUCAUUUUACUUUAGAGUGCCCAAUAUAUCAUGUGAACAUUUGGAUGGCAGGCAUCAUAUAUGAAUCCACCAACAGUGACACACUAUACCAAUAUGGCUCGAAUGUUAAGCUGCUUAAGGUUAAUAAUUCUGUAAAAGAGCUUCAUACCAUUAUAAGAGACAAAGCUACACCUAGAAGUGAUUUUGUGUUUUAUGCUGAUAGAUUGAUUCGCAUUGUUGUUGAAGAAGGUUUAAAUCAUCUUCCAUACUAUCCUCUUACAAUAACGACACCAACAGGUUAUCAAUAUCAUGGCCUGCAAUAUCAAAAAGGUAGUUGUGGUGUUAGUAUAAUGAGAAGUGGGGAAGCAAUGGAAAAAGGUCUUAGAGAUUGUUGUCAGUCAAUGAGAAUUGGAAAAAUCUUGAUACAGAAAGAUGAUAAAACCAAUGAAGCCAGAGUUUUAUUUGCUAGAUUGCCUGAAGAUAUACAAAAUAGAAAAGUGCUUCUUAUGUACCCAAUUAUAAGCAGUGGAAGCAAAGUAAUUCAAGCUAUACAGACACUCAAAGAAAAUAAUGUGGUUGAAAAUAAUAUAAUCGUUUUGAAUUUAUUUUGCACACCUACUAGCUUAAAGAUGAUAGCACAAGAAUUUCCUGGUUUAUUACUUCUCACAUCUGAAAUACACCCAGUAGCUCCUACACACUUUGGCAAAAAGUAUUAUGGAACUGACUGAAAUAUCAUUCAAACCUAAUUUAAAAGAUGCAAAAUAUAAAUAUAUUAACGCCCAUAUGUAUGCAGGAAAUUUUUAAACAUUUGUAAUAUAAUACGAAUUUGGCAUCCGUUUUCAUUCCACUAUACGAUUAUAACAAAAAUUGCAAUAUUUACAAAAUUUUAUACAAAUUUAUUUUUUAUUUAUAAAAAAUAUUAUAAAUCGGGACUUGUUAAAGAGUCUAUAUCACGCGAGAAUUAAAGAAUAAAUUAUUAUUGAAUUUUU